AUGCGUAGCGUUUGGUGAAACGCCGAUUGAUGUCUUCGUCCGGUCGCUGUGCCUGGGGCGCGAGGGCUAAACUCGUCACAGUGCGAAACGACGUAUCAAUGGAAACGCUUUGCGCAAGGGGCAGAUAACUCCCGUGACAUCCAUGGUCUGCAAACGGUGGCAUCGUUUGGUGCGGGACAACUUCUUGUGGCGACACGUGGACCUCUCUUCUUGCAGGAUAUCCUCCAAAAUCUUAUGGCACCUUCUGCGGCACUAUUUCCAAGGCAACUUGCGGACUCUGAAGCUACAGGGAUCCCUCCACUCCUUUCGAAAACAAGAAAUACUUACCUCAGCAUUGCUGCAGGCUUUGGGCAAACAAUGUCCCAAACUCCACCAAUUGAGCUUGAUGGAGCUAGACCUCCGUUCAUUCCAGUAUGGCUGUAUGCCCUCCUCUCUUACCACCCUGGAGCUGAGAAGUUGUGAGAUCCCUUUUGUUUGGUUCCAAGUGCCAGAGACCCCCUGCACUUUCCCAAGAAUCCAACAACUUUCAAUCUGGAAUGUCCCUGCUUUUUCCAACCAGCACCUAUUGAAUAUUGCCACCCAGGGCACUCUCAAAACUCUUAUCCUUUCAGAAGUCUACCGUGUAACAGAUGUGGGGAUCGAGGCAGUAGCACCACAUCUGAAAGACCUUCAGCACCUUGCCUUGUACCAUUGUAGUGUUGGUGAUUCAGCCAUGCACUUCACUAGGCGCCAUAUGAAGCAACUGCACCAUUUAGAUCUCAGGAGCAAUUCUUUGACAGAUGUAGGUCUUCUUUGCUUAAGUGGUUUGCCAAAUUUAGAGAGUCUUUGUUUGAGAAACUGCAGUCAACUUUCUCCAGAAACCAUUUUAAUUGUUUGCCAGUCACUCCCCAGCCUGAAUCAUCUUGAUUUAAGCGGGAUAGACUUUGAAGACAAAAUAUUCCAAAAGAUCCAGUUGGGUUUGCCAAGCUGUACAGUGGCAAACACUAUCCCUUGCGCAGAUUCCAGUGCAAUAUCUUAGUAGAUAGCAAAUUUUCCCUAUGCAUGUUAUUCACAGGUCAAAAGAUGGCAGCACUCAGAUACAUCUCCUUAGCAGCUUUUUGUCCUUACAGCCCAAAUGUUUGUAGCAGGCUAAAAAUGAAAUAGAACAGACCAAAGAAGUAAACCCAUUUCAAAUGCCA